AGCUGGGCUACGCAGAGGGGCUGGUGCUGGCCAAGCUGGGACCGUACACACUCAUCAAAAACAUACUGGGAGAGCUGGUCAAACUGGGCUGUAAAGGCAGAGACAAACCAACAGCUGACUGGGUCCACAGCUUCACAGCCCGCCCCCUCAUCCUCCUGCUCUUCCUCCUCUUCUACCUGUGGGUAUGUGGAGGCGCAGCAGGGGAGGUCAGACUCCCCCUAUCAGACAGACCUCCUCCUUGGGGACAAGGACAACCUGCGGCCCGUCGUCCUGGACGGUAGCAACGUGGCAAUGAGCCACGGCAAUAAGGAGGUGUUCUCUUGCUACGGCAUCCAGCUGGCUGUUGAUUGGUUCCUGGAGCGAGGUCACCGUGACAUCACUGUGUUUGUGCCGUCCUGGAAGAAAGAGCAGUCCCGCCCUGAUGCCCUCAUCACAGACCAGGAUAUCUUGCGUCGUCUGGAGAAGGACAAGAUCUUGGUGUUCACUCCGUCUUGUCUGGUCCACCGUUUCAUCGUCAAGCUGGCCUACAAGUCCGACGGCAUCAUCGUCUCCAACGACAACUACCGUGACCUGGCCUGUGAGAAGCCAGAGUGGAAGAAGUUAAUUGACGAGCGGCUGCUCAUGUACUCAUUUGUCAACGACAAGUUCAUGCCUCCUGAUGACCCUCUAGGUCGUCAUGGUCCCAGUCUGGAGAACUUCCUGAGGAGACGUCCCAUCAUGCCAGAGCACAAGAAGCAGCCCUGUCCUUACGGCAAGAGGUGCACUUACGGCCACAAGUGUAAGUACUACCACCCGGAGAGGAGUGCCCAGUGCCAAGACCUCUGCCACCUCCACUAGCGCCAGCCUGGCGAAGAGCCACAGCGUGCCCAACAAUGUAGCGAUGGGCACCAAGAGAGGUUCUGCCCCCAAAAGACAGUGUGACCCCAGCAUCCGGGCGCUGUCCUAUGGCGAGGCAGAGGACAAGCUGAGAAAUGCAACAGCCUCAGUAGUAGUAGUGGGAGUAGUUGUUGUAGUGGGAGUGUUACUCUUUCCCCUGUCCCUGGAGGACCCCCCUCUGCAACCCCCAGGAACAGCCACCGAGCCUGGGCAGGGACACACCCUACAUGACCCCCAUGCUGCCCCCCCACCCCGACCCCUACUCCUCCAGCUGUGACCCUCCAGAUCUGAGCUACUACUCAGUGACGCCGGCCCACUCUGGCCUAGCAGCACGGAGGAAUCCGGAGUCCCGCUUCCCACUGGACACCGACCUGCGUCUGCUGGGCUCGUCAGACUGUGGCGGCUGUGACUCGUACGGAGAGAAAGCCCCCUGUCUGUGCUGCCCAGGCCCUCUGCUGGACAAAUACAUCCACCAUCAACAGCAUCAGCACCAUCAACACAACCGCCUGUACUCUCAACACACACACACACACCUCUGCCCUCUAUGGCUAUCACCAGAACCUGGCACGGGGCCACAGCUUCCCCCUCGACGAGCCCCCUGACCCCCACCUGAAGCACCUUCUGUACCCCCUCCAGCACCAGGCUGUAGGCGCCCGCUCCAGCUGCCCUGGAGACUACCCCUCUGCGUCCCAGUCCGGCCCUUACCCUGCUGGCUCCCCUCUGGGCCGCUGCCUGGCCAACACGCGGCUGGAGACGCUGUCAGACUCCCGGCUGUACGAACGCUCCGCAUCGCCCCCCAGGAAAGCCUUCUCCUGGGAUCCCUACUGCAGCCAACCCCCUCAGUCCUACUGUGAGACCUACCAGAGUCUACCAGAGACCCACGAUGUAGGCUGGGGACACACAUCUCCAUGGGGACAAGACCACACACACUUAUCACCCAUCCCAUGCCCCUCAGCCAUCCUGCCCGUCCAUGCCCCCCCGCCACAUGCACCAGGAGCCCCCCGCCUUGAGCCGGUGCGGGGGAAGGUCUACCUCAACCUGUGUAACAUCUUCCCCUCUGAGCUGGUGGGCCGGGUUAUGGGGAGGAACCCCGAUGUGACAGACGCCCAGCAGCUCACUGCCUCCAUCCUGGCUGAGAAGUCCCAGUCCGGCUACUGAGUCCAGCUAGACUACUGCUCUCUCUCCCUAUUCAUAACAACAGUUAGUUGUAGUUUUGACAAUAUAAGGGUUUGAAUUUGUUUGACUGUACAUUUGUUUGUGGGUAACUUAGAUCAUGUGCAGGUGAGGAUGUGCAUUGAUUCACAAAUCACUUUUCCUCCACUGUUUAUCAAAUCUGAAACAUUUUUUAAAUCACUUUGGAAAUCUAAUCUGAGGGAUCUGAUUAUGCCUAAUCUUACUUCUAUGCUAUAUUUUUUUUACUCCAUUUGUAAAUAUUCACCCCCAAAUUGAUGACCAUUUAUCAACAGAAUAUUGGUUGUUGGGGAUAUGCAAAAUGUGUAUAUUUGUAUGUCUAAUUGAUUUGUUUUCUGUUUUUCAGUGCUGUGUGUUCUGUUUGUGCCUGUUGUUGUGAUAGUAGGUGGCUGAGUUAGUCUUCUCAGUUGAGAGAAUGUCUGGAAGUACCUUGCAGUAGUUGUAGAGACGGGCACGUUCGUCGACCUUGUCUUAGUUUUAGUAAGGGAUGUCUCUGGCCACUUGUUUUGGCUCCAAGCCUGCAGCUGCUACAGACACAGUAGACUCGAGCUCCAAUCCCAAGUCAAUUCUCUUUGGUUGUUUUCCCUGAAGACUUAUCCAAAGGGCUCCGAGCCCCUGGCUUGAUGUAGACAAUCUGUUACAGUUACCGGCACAAUCCCUGGUAGACAGAGAAAGCUUUUCUUUAUUGAUACAAUUUGUAUCGUUCAUUUAGGAUUAUAUACCUGUACAUAUGUCUGUAGGUGUUCAAACAAUUCAUGAAAAGUUGCUUAUAUAUAGCUGGUGCAUUUUGAAUAAUACUGUAUGAGAUAUUCCUGGCAACAUUUGAUUAUUUUUAGACAUGUUUAGGAAUAUUGGCUACCUCUGAGGUAUUCUGACUUUUUUGGGAUGGAGAAUAGUUUAGGCUGGGUUGAACCCAAGUGGCCAGCUAGGUGAAAUUAAAUGGGUAAACUGCUGCCUGAAAUAUGUAGUGGGUUGGUUAAAAAAAACAAUACAACCUUUUUAUUUUGUAACGAAGGACCUUCUCUCUGGCACUGUGUCAGUGAGGGCAAAAAAUCAUGCCUUUACAUGGCAUUGUGCUUAUGACACAUGAAAUACUCUGAACCAUGUUCAGCAAACUGUUAUGCAUGUUUUGGUAACACUUUCUUUUAAUAGUCUGUAAUAAACUAUUUUAAGGCAUUUAAAAAGUGUGUUCAUCUACUAAACAUUUGUAAUUUUUGCAGCCCCUAAUCUAAAGUGAGCGCUAUUUAUACUUUAUACAUAUUGAGUGACGUAAUUUCUCCCAAAAAGAUGGGCUUGACAUUGGUAGACAUUUCAGCAGUACUUGGUAACAGGAUAUUUAAGGAAAUAGUCUAUAUAUGAUAAAUGGUGUGUACUGUUUGUAAAUGCCUUAUGAAUGGUUUAUAAUCAACUUUAUUACGGACCCUUAAAGUGUUACCCAUGUUUUAUUCAAGUGUUUGUGUCUUUUCAAUCUUAUUGUAUCAGAUUUGUUUUGUUGAGCUUGAUUUAUCAGUUCUGUUGUAUUCUAUUAGCUUGACAACGCCAUGCCUAUUAAAUAUAGUAUUGGCUUUGU